UUGAUUGAUUGAUUGAUUAAAUAUAGACACAGUGUUCGGCUUCCAGAGAAAGAGAGAAGACUAUUAAAGACUAGGGACUGAGAUCUGCUGCUACCAGUGAACUCUGAUCAGUGAUCUCUCUUUGUUUCAUUGAUUUCGGUACGCAGUGUCGUCAGUACAGAGAUGGCGAAUGGAGGAGGGUAUGGUGAUCAGAGCCAGAAGAUAGAUUAUGUGUUUAAAGUGGUGCUAAUAGGAGACUCAGCGGUAGGGAAAUCACAGAUACUAGCAAGAUUUGCGAGGAAUGAGUUCAGUUUAGACUCCAAGGCUACUAUUGGUGUCGAGUUCCAGACCAGAACCCUUGUUAUCCAGCACAAGAGUGUCAAAGCCCAGAUCUGGGAUACCGCUGGUCAAGAACGCUAUAGAGCAGUCACGAGUGCAUAUUAUAGGGGUGCUGUUGGAGCAAUACUGGUGUAUGACAUAACCAAACGUCAGACAUUUGAUCACAUACCCCGCUGGCUAGAAGAACUGCGGAGCCAUGCUGACAAGAACAUAGUUAUCAUUCUGGUUGGCAACAAAUGCGAUCUUGAGAGCCAGCGUGUCGUACCAACUGAGGAUGCCAAGGAAUUUGCCCAAAAGGAAGGCUUGUUCUUCUUAGAGACUUCCGCUUUGGAAUCAACUAAUGUUGAGACUGCCUUCUUGACUGUGUUGACAGAGAUCUUUAAUAUCGUUAACAAGAAGACCCUGGCUGGUGCUGAUAAUCAAACAAAUGGCAACCCUGCAUCCUUGGGCGGCAAGAAAAUUGUUGUUCCAGGCCCUGCACAAGUAAUUCCUGAAAAAAGCAAGUGUUGUAGCUCAUUGUAAUUUGAUCAGACAUGGGUUUUGAAAUGUGUGGUUUUCUGUUCUAUGCUCCUAAUAGCAAUUCUUGAAAGGUGUGAUAUGUUCUGUUGUAAAUUUUUCCAUUGGUUUAGUUUAGUUGCACCGAGCAGCUGAUAAAUUGCAUACCAAAGUAGAUCUGAGUUGCGGUUUAGCUUUUUUGCCUUGUUCUGAAAUAUAAGUUUCUCAAACUCAUUUAUUGUUACCUUUGAAGGUCAGGAGAAAAGGAUGAGGGAGAGAGUAUCAGAACCCUUUUGAUCAAAUGCAAAGUGAGCAAAUGGAAAUUGGUUAUUUCUUUUUA